UGGAAACACGCGCGCAGUCGCGGUUAUCUUGCAAUUGUGGGAGUGUCUCAACUUGGACGCAGCUUUACGUAAAGAAAUAAACCGAAAAAAAUCAAAUAUAAAUAUAUAAAUACCGAACGCCGCAAAUAUUGUAGUAAUAGCAUAACCAAAAGCAAUAGCAACCGCUACAGAAGGGGAUAUAGAAACAACAACCGCAGCAACAAAAGUUAUAGUACAACAUGCGACGGCGACGGCGUCUGCGUCUGCGCAACUCGCUGAAGGUUGAUCCACUCCACUUCGCACCUCCGUCGCACCACCACAGCUUCGGUGGUGCGGAGGUUUCUUUACAUGGCUAGCUAUUAUGCUAUACUCUGCAAAAAAGAAUAUUUCGAUUUAUUUUUAAGUUUUAAAGCGGGUUUAAGAAAUACUAACAAUGGCUUAUAGUUUUAAAAAAGAUUCUAGUUAAAGAGCAUAAAUAAUACAUAUUUUUAUAAAAUAAAGUUUCUUAAAUCCACAAAAAGGAAAGGGUAUCUAAAAGAUCGAGUAUCUGGUUAUUUCAAUUUAUCGCUUGACGUGUCAAUAACUAAAAAACCAAUGUCGUGGCUUCGCACAUUCGCCGAUGUCCGGUCUCCCGGCUCCGUUUACCCCUUUUCCGACCCUACCGAGUCAGUCGACUGACCAUAUGAUUAGAUGAUUAGCCGGAGGCGCGUAAUGGAAGCUCUAAGUGCAAGCGGCCUAAUGAGAGGCUGUCGGAUCGGAGUACUUUUUGAUUAAUUAAUUGGCUGCAUAUAGCAAAUGGCCCAUAAAUCUUGGCCCAAACGGAGGCGACCUCUUGCUCAAGGAGUCGCCACUUGGACCAGCUAUCAUAUAAAUGGCAGCGGCACAUGUCUAACGGUAAUUAGUUGCCCACUCAAGAGACCAUCAUGCGCAUCACGGUAGCCUGCCUCCUCAUCACCUGGAGUAUCCAACUGUCCGGCAGUCGAGCCGCCACCAUCCUGCAUGGCAGUGCCAUAUCCCACCAGAGCUUCACCCGACUGUCGUCGUCCUCAGAGCCGCUAAUCCUGCAGCAGCCUAAUCCCCAGCAGUUGGUGAGGAUUGUGGUUCCGCAGAGAGUGCAGGAGCAGCCAUUGGAGAGGUUUCGCUUUGAGACCCAUGCGGAGGAGCCUCAGGUUCUCAGUCAGACACCUGCACAUCUCACCUAUGCCGCGCGUCCGGUGGUGCACCAGAUGCUGCCCCAGAUUAAGCCGGUGCGGAAUAUAAGCUUCGCUUCCCUGCUGCCAGGACCUCGUAGUCUGGCCACUAAUAACAACAUCUCACCUGUCUGAGAAGAAAAUAGUAUUUAGUAAUUUUUUUAAGAAUAUUAAAUAGUUGUUAUACAAA